UAAACAGUGCUUACUGACACUUGGGAUUCUUUCGAUCAGAUCGAAAUCCUCCAAUCAUUACAUCUUCACUAAUCAAGUAAUUUCUGAUCUCCAUCUUUCUCAUCAUCUGAUCCGAUCGAUAUACUUUUGAUGCUGUUAAUCGACAAGGUGUUCUAACUUCUUAUUAACGUAAGGAAUCGAAUUAUAAUCUCUCAGAGAUAUUCUUCGAUUCCUAGCAAUCGACGAAAAGGGGGAUCUGACUGUCGUUAAUAUCUCUCAUCCGAUCUGAGAGGAUUUUAAUAAACAGUGACAUGGUGGAUCAUCGAUUUAUGCUAUGGAGUCCAAAAUUGCUGUCUGUAUUGGUCAUGGCAAUCGCCUUAGCUUUGCUCCUCCAAUUCCUGUUAAAAUCACCGUACGACAACCUCUUCGCAUCGCUACUGUCCGCCGGAAAACUCGCCUUCCUCGGCGGCGCCGCCCCGGAUUCAGACAUGCCGGCGCAGGGCGGAGACAGUCCAUCCCUUGUCCGAACAUCCUACUCUGCACAGCCCCUUCCAUCUCCGGCUUCAUCGCCUCGCUCGCCCGAAAAAUUGGCGGCAAUAAGUCCCGCCAUUGCCGCCAACUCCAGCAGCCGUAAAUUUCCGAUGGAAAAUUCUCCGGUGGUGUCGAUAUCCCAAAUGAAUGAGCUCUUGCAGCAAAACCACGCCUCGCCGAGCUCGAGCCGACCAUCGCUCCCUUCAGCCGUCGACCACGAGCUAAUGUACGUAAAAUCAGCGAUCGAAAACGCGCCAUUGCUGAAAUCAAAUUCGGGCCUUUACGCUCCUCUCUAUCGCAACAUUUCCAAGUUCUUAAGGAGCUACGAGCUGAUGGAUAAGAUGCUAAAAGUAUACGUAUACGAAGAAGGCGACAAACCGAUAUUCCACGAGUCGAUCCUCGAGGGAAUAUACGCGUCCGAGGGAUGGUUUCUGAAGCUGUUAGAAGCCAACCGUCGAUAUGUCACGAAAGAUCCGGCGAAAGCUCAUUUAUUCUUCUUACCGUUCAGUUCGCGACUGCUGCAGCUCACGCUGUAUGUUCGACACUCGCACAGCCGCGACAACCUCGUACAAUUCACGAGGGACUACGUCGAGCUGCUUGUCCGAAAACAUCCUUUUUGGAACCGGACCAACGGCGAAGACCAUUUCUUGGCCGCUUGUCACGAUUGGGCUCCGGCGGAAACCCGAGGCCGAAUGCUGAGUUGCUUACGAGCGCUAUGCAACGCGGACAUCAAUGCCGGCUUUGUAAUCGGGAAGGACAUAUCGUUGCCCACCGUAUAUGUACGCUCGGCGAAGAACCCCCUCCGCGAUGUCGGCGGGGAACCCGCGUCGAAUCGCUCGAUUCUCGCGUUCUUCGCCGGAUACAUGCACGGGCGCGUCCGUCCGGCGCUCGUGAAGCUUUGGGGCAACGAUCCCGACAUGCGGAUACUCGACCGGUUGCCUCACGUCAAGGGAAACAAGAACUAUAUCGAGCACAUGCGAUCGAGCAAGUAUUGCGUUUGCGCGAGAGGCUACGCCGUGCACAGCCCCCGUGUUGUCGAGGCCAUCCUCUACGAAUGCGUCCCCGUUAUCAUCUCCGAUAACUACGUGCCGCCGUUUCUCGAGGUCUUGAAUUGGAAAGCGUUCGCCGUUUUCGUGCUGGAGUCGGAUAUCGGAGACUUGAAGAGGAUUUUAACGGCGAUACCCCCGGCGACGUACGCCGAGAUGCAGAGAAGAGUUCGGGAAGUGCAGAAGCAUUUUUUAUGGCAUUCUGAGCCUGUGAAGUUCGAUGUGUUUCAUAUGAUUCUGCAUUCCGUGUGGUUUAAUCGUGUAUUUCGCAUCGUUAAUAUUUAAUUAACAAUAUAUGGUGGCGGUUACGGUCUUUAAUUUUAAAUUCAACACUAUAC